GAUUUGUGUGACCCAGGAAUAGGCACCAGAGGGCGCCGUCGCUCGCCGACCGAGGGCGAGGAAAUGGUGGCGGCAGCUCUAAACAGGAUUCAGGAGCUGGAAAAGGAGGCUGAGACUUUGGAGGAGGCGUACAGAAGCUAUCGACGGAAAGGGGUCGCGUCUCAUAUCGCAUUCAAGGGCACUUCCCCUCCGCCCCCCUGCACGCCUGCCACCUUCGUUAGGCCAACAGGAGCAGCGAAGAACCGAGUCGUUACGGAAGACGUUUACGCAGUGACAGAACUGAACCAGCGUCCAACAGGUCACAUGACUCCACCCACAGUGGGCUCUCCUCCAAUCAGACGCCUUUCGUCCACUCCAGUCUCCGCCUCCAAGACCAAGCCGAGAGCACACACGGAGCAAGAAGUGAUGUUUUCAGGUUUGAGUUCUGAGAGCGAAGUGUCUCUGAUUCCUGCGGUCAGUUCGGAGGAACACACACACAUCACGCCUCCAAGCAGCCCUCAGCUGAAGAGCACGGCCCGGGAUAACUGCAGUCCUCCAAAACUGCAAAUGAUCUCCAGCUCAUCUCAGGAGUCGUCACCACAGCCGGAAAAAAUCAGCCUUCAGGACCUGACCGAACCUCAAACAGAUUUCCCCUACAGUUCAGAGCAGCAGAUUGCGGAAACACACACACACGAGGAGGAGGAGAGGAGGAUGAAGGAGGAGGAGGAGAGGAGGUGGCAGGAGGAGAGGAGGAUGAAGGAGGAGAGGAGACGGAGGGAGAGAGAAGAGGCUGAGGAGAGAGAGAGGAGAGAACUGGAGAGACUCCAGCAGGAGCUGCUACAGCAGGAGGAUCUUCACGGCAGAGAGAAGGAGGAGGAAGAGGAAGAGGAAGAAGAGGAAGAGCCGGGACGAGGGACUGAGAACCGAGACGAGAGGCCCGAAGUGAAGACGGUGGAGGAGGCAGGAGACGGAGAGACGGAGGAGGCUCGGGACGAUCCGCUACGCAAAUACAUGCUGAUGGUGAUGCAGGGGAGAGAGAGGGAGAGAGAGCAGAACAUGAAGAAAGACGAGUCUGAGAACCAGAGUCCUGAACCCUUAGUGCUGUCUGACCACAAGGACGACAGCAUCGCCGCUUUUUCCCACGAGGACGCCGAUGAUGAUUUUUGGUGAUUGAUGCUUUUAUUAUUUUUAGCUUUUGUGUGUGCAGUGUGUGUGUUUGAAUUCACACGUGUUGAAGUAAUAGGCCUAUAAAAUGUUUUUAAUUUUUUUUUAAAAUAGCUUUUAGUAAUUCAGAAAUUUGUGGUUUUGUAUUAAUUAUAUUUUUGUAUGUAUUUAUUAGAAUUUUUUUUUUUUUUUAAAUUAACCUGCUAUCGUAUUAUUAUUUGUUUAUUUGUUUUAUUUGUUUAGUUGUUAAAUGCAGUAUAUGAAUAAAAUUAAACAAUGUAAUAUGAUAAUUUAAUAUGGAAAUCAUAAAUUUUAAUUUGAAUUAAUGUGCUUAAAUUGUCAUCCUCCCUCCAAAAAAAAAACAAAAAAACAAAAACAUCUUAGCUGUAUUCAAAUUCUUAACAGGACAAAAGAGAAAAGAAACAUCACAGUCUGACAAGAUGUGUUUUUAUUUUUCAUUUUAAAAAUAAAAAAAAAAAAGAAACCCUUUACCAGACUGGUUAAUAAAUUGCAGCGAGAUGGACAGCUGAAAUAAACUUACAGAAAAGGUAACAUUAGUCACAGUUAUAACUCUCCAGUUUUACUGGGUUUCCACUUCGUCUGAUGAACACGUAGAAAUUAAAGUCUUGAAAUCAGCCCUGAAAUUUGCCGGAGUUGUGCUUGAAUUAAUUUCAAAAUAAAACCUCUUCAAAUCAGGUUCGUCCAACUUUAGGAUAAAACUCACGCAAUGGAUGCCAUCGUCUAACUCGGGUACAAAUCGAAUACCAAUUACAAUUAAAACGGAAAUCAUAACGGACUCCUCCGUAUCCAUUAACAACGCGAUUCCACACGCAGCACAUCGUACACACUUCUGAAUGAACUAAAAGCUCUAGAUCUUUUUAAAAAGCUAGUUCUACAUCUGAAAAAAACUGAACAAUGAAGUUAUAAAAGAGAAAAAGGCAAACACUGCCUACUAUAUGCGUCAGUACAAAUGACUACGUCUUUUUUGUAGAUUUUUUUUUUUUCUUUUCAGUAAGUAAACAUCAAAUCUCCCUGUAAUUAUUUUCUAAAUCAAACGUUUUAUGAAGUACUUUAAAAAAAAAAAAAAAAUACUUUCGGUAUCAGUAUGUUACCAUCCGACUGCAGGAACAGUAAAUGGAUUUAAUAUUUAUACUUCGCCAAAAUCUGAACCCUUUCAGUCCAACGAAGUACAGAAAAAAAACAAAAAUAAAAUUUAAAAAAGUGUCUUAAAAACCACCAAGCAAUUACAGAGUUUACAGAAUUUCAGAAUCUAGCAUUUUCCGAAGAAAAAAAAAAAUUGUAAGCUAGUUUAACUUCUAAAAAUGAAAAAUUGAGCGAGUUCUUUUUACGAACUUCUAACAAACAAAACUUUCGCUAUCAAUUCAUCAUAACGAUUCAUUAAGAAAAAAGAUCCCCAUAUAACAAUAACAACAAGGAAAAAAACUACAAUAAUUACAAUCAUUUCAGGUCAUGAAAGAACAAAUGUCAGAGAAAUGUUUUGUAAAAGAAUCAUCAGCACAGAAAAGACAAAAUGUCUCAUCUAAAAGCAUCGCCUUUGUCUUUUUACUGCUUUUUCAACAAAUUUAAAAAAAAAAAAAAAGAAAAAAAAUCAAAAAAGACUACUUCAGGAAAUGUUGGAUUUAAUGCUGCUGAAAUAUUUGAGUUUUUAGACACUUGUGUGUAAAAUUUUGUGUAAAUGUCCCCAAUUUUCACACUGAGGAGUUUUGAAUUUUUUGAAUAAUCUUGGUCCAUUAAAUAUAAGAAGAAGAACAUAAAGAAAAACAAAAAAAAACCACAUACAAUAUCAAUAUAUAUAUCGUAAACUAACAAUGAAUUUUAUCACUGCAUUCUGAAAACUACAUUUGUAAGAAAGCUAAAUGUAUAUUUUGAAGAAUAUUUCGUAACUUUGGGGAAAAAAAUUACCUUGUAUUUUGCACCAGAAAAGAUUUAAAGAAAUUUUUAAAUGUAAUUUUUUUUUUAUUAUUAUUUAUUUUUAAGGUCUUUUACUGACUGCUGGUUGUUUCUGGAAAACCAAGAUUUUAAAAAAAAUAAUUUCUUAAAAAAUUUCCAGCCAUGUUUAAAUGAACUGAGUGGUUAUUAACAGUCACUGUGGUCCAUCUGAGGUAGACAUUUUGUUUUCUUCUUUUGGGGGAAAAAAAAAAAAUAAAGUCACAGUUUACCAACCACAGACA